ACUCAAACUGCUUUUACUUUCUUCUUUAACACUUGCAUUACAUUCAGGCGAGUUUAAAAGUACGAUCAUAGCAAAAAGUAAACACACAAAAAGUUCACUUGACAUCGUUCGUUCGUACAUCUAUUUUUUGCUUUAACGAUCUUGAUUUAUGUCUUCUGUAUUCUACUAGUUUUGUGGUAACAACUUCUGGAGACCAACUGCCACUUUUGAUUUUUAAAUGCUCCUUAUAUACACAUGUAUUAUGAACCUAUAUAAAUAUUCUAAGACCAGCUGAUGUGUCAAGAGUUUUGAAGAUGACACCUGCUUUAUCAAAAGCUAAAAAGAAGAUUGAUUUUUCUUGCUAUAACUCCUUGAAGCGCUUUCCUGGUUUUGGGUGCAGAAGAUAUUGCCCAAAAUUAUUCACAAAUGAAGGGUUAAAAAUACGCAGAGGUUACAAUUUUUUAUCUUCGAUUCCUCGUUGUGUUUACACAAAAUGUCCGUACGUUUUCCUUGCGGCUUAUGUUCCUACACACCCUUUUACACUGAACUUCGCUGAAGUCCCACGUAUUGUUUGAACCACUUGUUAGUCCAAAUAUUGACAAAUUCGCGUCUAACACUGUCAAAGGGCACAAUAAUCCUGCAAAAUCCUGGUAUAUCGGUCACUGUAACACACAAUGCCGUCCGCCGAUUGCUUUUAUUUUCGUCUCGUUGUGUUUUGGUUUAUGUUCGUAAUUCGAUGCCGACUUCCAGCUGACCAAUUCAAAUCCGUUCCACCGAAUGGUCAUCAUCAUAAGAAGUAACGCGAAAGAAAGAAUAAAUACGACCGAGGGUAACAGGCAACAGCGUCCGGUGCUCCCAUUUCACAUUUUGAUUAAGAAACUCCACUAUAGACGACGUUUUACUUCCGCUGAAUCCGAGACACCGGUUUUCUUCUGUUAUUACUGCUAUACGCCGAUCGACGUGAAAACUGGAGAACGAGAAGCAGAAGUGAAUGGCGAAGAAAGCGAACAGAUUGAUAACAUUUCGAACAUGCUCGUCCACGAAUUGUUAUUAGGUUUUAUGCCGGAACAGCUGGGCGUGUGAUUGUGUACAAGUGUGUGUGUAACAGAAUACAGAACAAACAUAUAAACACAAACAAUAUUAAGCCACUUGAUGGGCUGGUUAGCCAUGUACGGAAAUACUUUGCUCUUCGUCACGUGCUUCUUUCAUCUGGUUAAGACGCAGAUUCCCGCCGGUUUUUCUGCAGGACCUGAUCGAAACCUUCCAAAGGACAACGGUAAUAACGAAUCAAGACUUGGACGCGUUUGGAGCAACGAUGUCAUAAAUUGUAUCGACGAUGACGAUGUCGGAGACUGUAUCCGGAAGGCAUUAGACAGAGCAGUGACUAAACUGAAUAUGAUCAGAAAACUCAGCCAACUGGCUAACGUAACAACUGAUGCCAAUGAUAACAGCUUUGGGAUUAAGGAUUUGGUAAAUCUUUUGGGUGAUUUUGAAAACAAAAUACAAAAGAGAAUCAACGAAGAAAUAAAAGGUUUUAAAUUAAAGGACAUAGUUGACAUAAAGAAAAAUUUCACACUAGGAGUCACCGUUUCCAAAAACGAAACCAGGAAUUUUCAAUUAAUUGUCAAAUCCAUGAAUGGUCGAAGUGUUACCGAAAGGAAACAUAAAUUCAAUAUGGGAAACGUGCUGUACUACCUGCUGAUACCAGCUUUGGCAAUGGCUGGUAUAAUGCCAUGGAUUUUGCCCCAAAUAAAGAUGGUAGCGAUGGUUAUAAUGGCUAUGAAUCAAAUGGCUUUUAGUAUGGGCGCCGUUAGUCUCAUCAGGGGCUUGAUUUUUGAUGUUGAGCCUCAAGAACAUAUUAUUUACGUCAACAGUGGAUACAAAAAAGAAUAUUAUCAGAAAGCAAAACCGUAGAGUGAGAUUAAACACAGAAACGAACGAAUGAAUCUAUUAAUUAAUAUAUAAGCACUUUCUGGUACUGUAAAAGAAUGAAAAGUACCUCAUAAAUAAAACAUAAGGUGUACAGUAAGCCAAAGAAUAUUUUAUUUUAAUGGAUUAA